CAACACUGCAUCAUAGUAGCGCAGGUGUACAUCGAUGUGUAAUUCGAAACGGUAUCGUGACUGUCUCGGCAUAUGUUCGAAGAGUUACGUCAGCUAAUUUAAUCGUUUUUGGCAAGACAUUUUUACUGUAUUAACUGAGAACUAGAAGAGAACGAUGCAGAAACUGCCGGAGACGAUCAAUUUUGCGGAACAGGAAGAAACGACGUUAGAACUAUGGAGACAGUGGAACGUGUUCCAAACAAGCAUGCGAAUGUCAUGCAAACGAUCGAAGUUCUCCUUCUACGACGGGCCGCCGUUUGCUACUGGUAUGCCACAUUAUGGCCACAUUCUCGCUGGCACCAUCAAAGACAUCAUCACCAGAUAUGCUUAUCAGACCGGUCACCAUGUGGAACGCCGAUUCGGUUGGGACUGUCAUGGAUUGCCGGUGGAAAAUGAGAUCGACAAAAUGUUAAAUAUCAAAGGGCCUGAUGACGUUGCUAAAAUGGGUAUUGCGGCAUACAACAAUGAAUGUCGCAGCAUCGUCAUGAGGUACUCUGAGGAAUGGGAAAAGAUUAUAGGCCGGAUGGGUCGGUGGAUUGAUUUCCAAAAUGAUUACAAAACUAUGUAUCCGUGGUAUAUGGAGUCUAUUUGGUGGAUAUUUAAACAGCUGUAUCUUAAGGGUCUUGUAUAUGAAGGAAUUAAGGUAAUGCCCUUUUCAACUGCAUGUAAUACAUCAUUGUCAAACUUUGAAGCUGGCCAAAAUUACAAGGAUGUUGUCGAUCCAUCGGUAGUUGUAGCCUUUCCAUUGGUGAAUGAACCAGGUGUAUCUAUUCUAGCUUGGACAACUACUCCUUGGACAUUACCAAGCAACUUGGCACUAUGUGUUAAUCCUACUUAUGAAUAUGUUGAAGUAAAAGAUAACAAGUCUGACAAUGUUUUUAUUAUGUUAGAGGCACAAUUGGGUCUUGUUUUUAAAUCUCAAGAUCUUUAUACUAUUCAAGGCAGAAGAAAAGGCACAGACUUAAAAGGAAAACAAUAUGAACCACCGUUUCCAUAUUUUUUGCAUUGUAGAACAAAAGGUGCUUUUCAAGUAUUGAAUGAUACAUAUGUUACAGCUGAGAUGGGAACAGGCAUCGUCCAUCAAGCCCCCUAUUUUGGAGAAGAUGAUUAUCGAUGCUGCAUAGAAGCUGGUAUCAUAAGCAAGAACCUAGAUAAUAUGAGCGCAUGUCCUGUCGACAGUAGUGGUUGUUUCAUAGAACCAGUUCAUGAUUUUAUUGGCAAGUAUGUCAAAGAUGCAGACAAAGACAUUAUAAAAUAUCUAUUAGCCAAGAAGAGACUGAUUGUCAGCACCACAACUAAGCAUAGUUAUCCAUUUUGUUGGCGUUCUGAUACACCACUUAUUUACAAAGCUGUGCCGUCCUGGUUUCUGCAGGUUGAGCAGAUCAAGGAUAAGCUGUUGGAAGCGAGCAGUGCUACUUAUUGGGUACCAGAUUAUGUAAAAGAGAAGCGAUUCGGUAAUUGGUUGCGAGACGCUCGCGAUUGGGCCAUAAGCCGAAAUCGUUACUGGGGCAAUCCUAUACCGUUGUGGAUUUCCGAGGAUCGAGAAGAAAUCGUCUGCGUGGGCAGCUUAGAAGAGCUGAAGCAGCUAACAGGCGUCAACGUAGAAGACAUUCAUCGGGAGAACAUCGAUCAUUUGACUAUACCAUCGAAACGACCAGGACACUCACCACUGCGUCGCAUACCAGAGGUAUUUGAUUGCUGGUUUGAAUCUGGUUCAAUGCCAUAUGCACAAAUGCACUAUCCAUUUGAGCGACAGGAAGACUUUAACAAAUGCUUCCCGGCGGAUUUUAUUGCCGAGGGCAUCGAUCAAACGCGUGGAUGGUUCUACACACUUCUAGUCAUUUCAACCGCGCUCUUUGGCAAGGCGCCAUUCAAGAAUCUCGUAGCUAACGGACUUAUUCUUGCGUCUGAUGGACAGAAGAUGUCUAAGCGCAAGAAAAACUACCCUGAUCCUAUGAAAGUGGUGAAAUCAUAUGGCGCUGAUGCUCUGCGUCUCUACCUUAUUAACUCGCCAGUCGUCAGGGCUGAGAAUUUGCGAUUCAAGGAGAGCGGCGUUCAUGACAUUGUUAAAGACGUCUUGUUACCUUGGUACAACGCUUUUCGAUUUCUCAUACAGAACAUCGAGCUGUAUGAGACAGAUAACAAUGUUCGUUUUGUAUUUGAUGGGGCGCUUGAACAUAACUCUGACAAUAUAAUGGAUAAAUGGAUUUUGUCUUCCCUACAAUCACUAUUGCUUUUUAUGAAAGAAGAAAUGGAAGCGUAUAGACUGUACACUGUGGUACCUCGGUUACUUAAGUUCAUCGAAAAUCUCACUAACUGGUACUUGCGAAUGAACAGGAGACGCAUCAAAGGCGACGAAUUUGAUCCAGAUAAGCUAUCUGAUCGUUUAACGGCGUUGUUCACUCUAUUUCGAGUACUUGAUACAAUGAUUAGAAUGAACGCGCCUUUCACGCCAUUCUUGACGGAAUUUAUGUUCCAGUACAUGUCCAAAAAGACCUCACAGCAAGGAACAAGUCUAGAUAGUAUACACUUUCAAAUGAUUCCUAAACCAAUCACGAAUCUGAUCGACAAAGACAUAGAGAAGGCUGUGUCGAGUAUGCAGCUCGUCAUUGAAAUGGGACGUAUCGUUCGGGAUAGAAAAGGAAUACCUAUCAAAUAUCCACUGCAGGAGAUCGUAGUGAUUCAUCACGAUGCUCAAGUAUUGGUGCAACUGAGGAAGAUGGAAUCGUACAUACUCGCAGAGCUUAAUAUCAAGAACAUGGUUGUUAGCACCGACAAACGAAAGUAUUAUGUGCUUUUGAGAGCCGAGCCAGAUCAUAAGAUACUCGGUGCUCGUUUGAGAAGUGAUUUCAAACAAGUCGCGCUGGCUAUCAGAGAACUGUCUGACAGUCAAUUAAGUGAAUUUCUCGUUAAAAAAGAAAUUGACGUAUUAGGUCAUAAGCUUGGAGUCAAGGAUCUGCGUUUAAUGUAUCAUUUUGAUGAGAAACACAAUAAUUACGCGGAGAAAUAUGAAACUCACGAAAUGGAGAACAUGUUAAUUCUUAUGGAUGUUUUUUACACCAAAGAGAUGUACAACGAAGGAAUAGCGCGAGAAGUAAUCAAUCGGAUACAAAAACUGCGAAAGAAAGCUGAACUACUACCGUCCGACAGAGCCGUCGUGUAUUAUCGAGUAGAAAACGAGGAAUUAGCCGAAAUAAUUAAGACUCACAAGGACAUUAUUGUGAAAGCAACAAAGACUCCUUUAAAACAUCACUCGGAGAAUACACAUAUGGAAAUAUCAUACAUAGAUAUGGACAUCAAAGAAAUGAAAUUGCAACUCGCUUUGGAGUAUCAUGAUAUAGCAACGAAAUCAUCUGUAAAAGCAAAUGUCUGCGAAGAAAGAAAAAUCUCGGGAAGUUACGUCAAUGUAAUGCUCGUGGAUAUAGAACCUAGAUAUGGUGCGAAAAGCGGCGAGGCUUCGAUUCUGAUUUCUCCGCGCGGAUUUAAGCGCCUCACAUACACUCGCUUGCGACAUGAGAUAGACUUGAUAUUUGGUCUUUACGGUUAUUCGUACGAUUUGUAUCUUGCCGAUAAGAAACUCACUUAUGUGAUCAAGUCACCACAUGACGAGCUAGAUGAAAACUUACUGAAUGAACAAACGAUAAGAGUGAUACAUUCAAAAGCAUCUUUGUCUUUAAAAGAAUUGUCAUCAAACAGGAAGCCGAUUUGCGCGUUUUUCACUUUCAAGACGGGACUUGAUGAGAUUAGUGUAUUUGUAGAAAAUCCCAAAUACAACAAAUUAUCCGAAGCACAGAUCGAUCACUUAACGUGCUUAUCUCUUUAAAAAAACUCUCUUACAUAAAAACUUUACUGAGUCGAGUUUUUCAUUGGAGUUUGUUUGGAAAAAAUACAGGAUAUUUCUUAUACUUUGUUACACAAGUAUACAAAUAAGUUUUCUCAUUGUAUAUAUUUCAACAUUCUCUUUCAAAUAAAAAAUAUUAUCUAGUUUUGAAGUAUUAAUAUUUUUGAGAAAUAAAAAACAGGAAAUGACAAAAAUCGUAAAUCGUUUGCCUCGCAUAUUAUACAUUAUUUUCUUAGUUUUACGUAUAAUUUAUAGAGAUAUAGUCACUCUUGUAAACUAUACAAUCUUUACACAUGAUUUUUAUGGUAACUUAUUUUGUAAAAAUGACAAAAUAAAGCAUUUAAUUAAAAUAUUUCAUCAAUUAAUAUCUUGUAUCUUGUAUGUAUCAUGUCUAUAAUAAAGUUGCUCAAAUGUUAGUUUAAAAACUGUUAAAGAAUUAUAUUUAUUUAUAUAUGGUUAAAAAAUAUUUGAUAAUCAACGCAAAUCAUAUUUAUUUUAAUACUUAGGGUCAUUCUACAAUGAAUUACAAAAGAUAGCAAUUACUAGGGAAAAAUUGCUAUUUUUAGUUGCGCUUAGCUGUUGCGUUUGCCAAAAGAAAGUUGGUAAAAUUUUAACUUUUGGUAACAGCAAAUUAUGGCCAAGCGCAACCGGAAGUAGCACUCUCCUAGUAGUUGUCACUUUCGCAACUGGCGACGGAAUAUUUGCAACUUAUUGUAGAAUAGGCCUUAGUAUUUGGCGCUUAUAAUCUGUAUUUUACUUUUAUCAAUGAAAGUGUUUAUUACUGAAAAUAUGUGACAAAGCAUACACUAAACACGUAUUUGGUGACAUUUUUUCCAUAAGGUGAGAAAAAAAUAUAAGAGUAUUUCUGGAAAAUUAAAUUCGUUAUGAAAGUUUCAACAUAACUAGAAUUUAACAGAUAAUAAAUAGAAUUUAACAUUAGAUAAAAUAGUCUCAAUAUAAUAUAUUAUUAGCAAUGACUAACAAAUUAUAUAGAGUAAGUCACAGACACAAUAAUAUAUGUAAAUCGCUACCUUCCUGUUUUUUAUUAUAUCUAUAUUUUGAAUAAAAAUUUACAUUUUGUAUAAUCUCAGAAACAAAAGACUUUGUUUAUCGUUAAAUUAUUAUCUAACCGUUUAACCUUUAUAAAAUAUUACU